GGUCACGAAAUACCGACAAUUGUGAUUCUUGUGAACCGAAUAUAUACGAAUGCAUUCUUUCAAUGUUUCAUUUUAACUAGUGUUUUUUUCUUUGAAUUCUCUAAAAAAUUGUGAAAUCACAGGUUUUUUGUACAAAGUUUGUAAUAUUUAUUGUUAUGUGUUUUUGAUUUGCUAAUCUGUUUUUUCUUUUUUUAGGUCACGAAAUACCUACAAUUGUGAUUCUUGUUAGCUGAGGGUAUAUUCAAGUAACUUGAGAAACUAUCAAAGAGAAGUCGAAGACUAUAAACAACAUCAUCAGUGGCAAGGCGACUAUCAGCAGAGAAAUUAUUAUCGUGAUUCGCGCGAUAAUAUUUUUAAAGACAUUUUUGGAAUGAAGUAAGGCCAUUAGGGUUAUUUCGACGAGGACAUGUCGAACCAAUAAAGCAGCGAUGGUUGCGCGAUGGGCAUGAUUCCGGAACAAGGAACAAAGAAUCGUGGAAUGUGGAUUUCAAUCCACUGGCGCCAUUUUUAGUGGAGAAAAUAAUUUCCAUCGACUUGGGCCGCAAGUAUCCUGUUACAGCUAACGUUUUGGACACUGCUGAUAAUUUUGAAAAAUUCGUUGAUCGAAAAUUCAAAAGCUGUUCUCUUCAUUUUAGGAAAAUAUAUUCCUCAUUUAAGAAGUUGAUACAGAAAAUCCAAUUUAAUAAUGUUGAAUCACAUUUUAAACAACAAGUCAAAGGAAUUAAAAUCAAACAUCAGGGUUCAGACGGUUGACAAAUAUAACACCACUCGUUUUUGUAGCGAAUGUGGAGGGAAAAAUUACAAACUUACUGCAUCGUUAUUAUAUUUGUCUAACGUGCGGACACCAAUGUGACAGGGACAAAAAUGCCUGCAUUAAUAUUCGGCAAAUUGGUCUUGUUAAUGCAGGAUAUCUUAAAAAAGAAGAAAUUAAGAAAAAUUAAUUUUUUUUGUUUUGACAAACAAAAAUUACGAAAGAAACCAGGACAGCGACCAAUAUCUUUAAAAUCAAAUAAAAAUGAUGAGUCAAUUUGCAAGGACUGCAAGGAAUCUGGCCAUAACACAAAAAAAGUGCAAGGUGCUCAAUGCACAAGAAAACUGGUAGAGUAAUUCUCGUAGAAUCGCGUAACAAUUAUAAUUUAACAAAACAAAUCAUCACGAGAAAUUUAAAAUUCGAUGAAUGUUUAAAGGAUCCAGAUAUUCGUAAAGGAAUUAAAAAUGACCAAGAUUGUAUUGUUCAAUUUGGAAAUGCUUAUUUCAAUUUUAUGCAAAUUGUAUUUAAUAAGAAGGAAAUUGUCAAGUACAUAAGUGGAAAAGACAAGGCAGUAAAUUUAAAAUCUUUUUCCCUUGACUUUUACCGAGGACGUGGACGUUUAAAAGACUUCCCGUGGGAAACUGUUAGAAAAUUAUUUACGGAUUUUCAAGAAGUAACCGAUUUUGAAGUCUUUGAUACGACAAAUAGAAGAUCGAUGUUGGGCGAUAGAAUGAGGCAACUUGAAAUAAGCUGGAAGAAUUUAAUUUCAUUAAACUUACAAAAAAGAAGGAAUAAAUUUUUUAAGUGCCACAUCCCAAAUGAUCCAAAAGAUCCUACACGCAAAUUGUACAGGGAAUAAUUAACUCAACAAUUAUUUCGAGAGAAUGUCCAUCCGACGAAUCUAAAGUUUUUCAAGACUUUUAAAAGGAAGUCCGAAGAAUUUAAAUUUCACAAAAAUUAAUACAAAUCACUGGAGAUUUUCAUUAUUUUGAAAAAAUUCGAAAAUACUUGAUUAAACACCAAAAACCGUCAUUCGAUUUAUUUCCAAAAUAGAAAAUUACUGAUACCUGCGUGUCGUACACAACUUGCAGUAUUUCAGAAUUUUUCCAGCGGCAUAAUCUUGUAAAUAAUGACGCGAACAUUGCAGAAGAUAAUAAUUUAAGCGAAGAAAAAAAAAUUAAACAAAAAUUCACUUCGAGGAAAAAAAU